CAGCCCUUUACCCGAACAAAAGUACUUUCCAUUGCCUUCGUUUCUUCUUCUUCAUCGUUCAUCUCAAUUAACAUAAGCUUGCCUCAUUGAAUUGGGGAUGGGAUUCUCAGCUUUGCGUUGCAAGGUUAAGAAUUACUUUAUGCAUCAAUUAAGGCUUUUUGGUAUUCAUCCAGUUCUGAACCUAAUGGUAUCCUAGAGCACUUGUGGAAAUGGCUGCAAAUGCUACUUCAUCUCCCAAAGAACAAAGGAAUUUGAAGGGGUUUCCAACAGUCCUAAAGUUUGCUGCUUGUGAAUGGUUUCUGAUUUUUCUGCUGUUUAUUGAUGCCGCCUUGUCUUACCUGCUCACAAGAUUCGCUCGUUACUGUGAAUUGCAAAUACCUUGCAUUUUAUGCUCUCGGCUUGAUCAUGUUUUCGGAAAUGAAAAACCUGGAUUUUAUUGGAAUCUGCUUUGCAGUAAUCAUAGAUCAGAGAUGUCAUCGUUGCUUCCCUGCAACGAUCAUGGCAAGCUUGUUGAUGGUCGUGGUAUGUGCGAGAAUUGUCUCUCAUCACAUGUUGAGGAAAAUAAAUCCAACUCAGAUAUACAGAGGCUCUUUUUAGGAAAAUUGGGUUUUGAUCCCGCAGGUUUUGGAAAUUGCGGUUCCCAGAGCUCAUUUUUCAACAGGUAUCUUGCUCCUGCUUCUAAAUGCACAAGGCUGUGUCUCUGUUGUAAUAAACCUUGGAUUCCAAGACCAAAUGCCCAUAGACUACUUCCCCUAAAAUCACCUGGCAUUGUGGAUGCGAAGCCAAACAUUUCUUUGCCAUGUCGCUUAAGUUGUACAAAUGGCUUGAAAAAGAUAGGGGAUAAGUUUUCUGCACCGGCAGCAUCUCAUCUUCUUGGAAAAACUGGAUUUGAUCCCUUGUCUCAUGUAGGAUACAAUGAGCUGAAGAUCACUUCUGGAUCAGAGUCUGAGGUUCCAUCUUCUGAUGAUGAGGAUGGAAAUAGUAUAGUUCACGAUAUAAAUGAGAAUACGACAGAAUCUGUACUUCACUCUGCACCUGAAAAGGCACCUAAAAGACUUUACAACAAUUUGGCUACGACAAAACAGCCUGAUGCUAAUGAACCCCAUGAUGUUAGAUGUUUGGCUCCAGAUCUCCCCAGUGAGAAUGAUGUCUGUGAACUUGAAGAGCAGCUGGCUGAUCCGAAGACCAAUUCUUCUUCACUGCCUGAGCUUAUUUCUCUAGAUGAUAAUCUUCCAUCACCCUGUGUUGUGGAAGUUCCAAGCCUCAGUGCUUCGUUACUGUCUGAUCUUGUUUCUCUGGUUGAUACUCCCCCUUCGAUUGAUGUUAAGGAAGUUCCUCUUAAAGCAUCGUCAGAAAAGUUGGCAGAUGUUUUCGAAGCAAGUAAAAGUGAAAAUCUUUCUAUCAACAAGAAUGAUGAAAUUUCGAAGUUGAUAUGCACAUCAACUGGAGCUGGUUUCAAAAAUGAUCGAGUUGUAGAUGAUACUGCCACCGUAAGUUCAAUUUAUGGGGAUAGGAGUGCUGUGCAUGUGUUAUCUGUCUGUGGUGAAGAAAAAUGCUUAUCUGACUUUGUUAUGAAACAACCUAUGCUGAUAUACAAUAAUGGAGUUAAUGAAGAUCUUAAGUCAUUGGCGGCGCAGAAUUCUUCUGGACAAGGGAUUCACUUAUCAUUGAACAAUUUAAGUCCUAACUUACGAGGUCAUUAUGUUGAAUUGCAGAGAACUAAUGAAUCCAACUCUGAUGAGGUUCAGAAUCUUCAGAAUCUAGUCUUUAUGGAAAGAAGUGAAUCUGCUGGCCUUGAAUCUUUGGACGGAAGCAGUGUCAAUGAAAUUGAAGGUGAAAAUCUGGUUGAUAGGCUGAAGCGGCAAGUUGGGUACGAUCGGAAGUGCAUGAAUGCAUUAUACAAGGAACUAGAGGAAGAACGAAGUGCUUCUGCAAUUGCUGCCAACGAGGCAAUGGCUAUGAUUACAAGGUUGCAAGAAGAGAAGGCAGCUCUUCACAUGGAGGCUCUGCAGUACCUAAGGAUGAUGGAAGAGCAAGCAGAAUACGAUGUAGAUGCCCUGGAGAAAGCUAAUGACCUUCUGGCUGAAAAGGAGAAAGAACUACAAGAUCUGGAAGCAGAGCUUGAAUAUUACAGAUUAAACUUCCCAGAUGAAAUACUCGUAGAAACUGUACCUGACGCAAGCAUCAACUUAAAGAAGGAACAUGUUUUUGUGGAAAAUACAAGCAUAACCUGCAUAAAAGAUGAUUUAAAAUUUCCCUCAAAAACAAUGUUUCCUGAGGCUUCGGAAGUCAACGAUAAUCCUGUAGUCAUAUCUGCAUGGUCGGAAGUUGAAGAUGAGAAGUUGUACAUCUCUCAAUGCCUUCAAAAUUUGGAGAGGAAACUUAACAAGCUUGCUCAUCAUGGGACUUCGCCAUACAUUUCGGGUAGUGAAUACUUUGAUGAAGCAGUAGACGGAGGCCAACAUCAGCUAGAGUUCCUUGAUGAAAAGGAUAAGCAAGUAACUUGUCAGGUGGAAGGUAAUGAUUUAUCAGUGCAGAAAGCUUCAUCAAUGUCAAAUGUAACUGCUCCUUGUACUUCAAUAAGAAGAGAUUAAGUGAUUAGAAAAGCAAAUGGUCAUAAGGUUUCCAAUGGGCAGAAGGGUUCUGUGGAUUGUACAGAGACUGGUUUUGCUGCUCUUGAAAAUGAAAUUUCAGACCUUAAUGAGAGGUUGGAAGCGCUUGAGACUGACUGUACUUUUCUUGAGCAAUCUCUAAAUUCUCUUCAAGAUGGAAAUGAGGGGCUGCUUUUUAUUCAAGAGAUACUUCAUCAGUUACGAGAAUUAAGGAAACUUGGGAUAAGGAGCAGGAACAUGUCUGUUUCAUGAGCUUUAUGUGUAUCAUUACAAAGGUAAGCAUUCUAAAGAUAUAGGUCCAAUUAAACUUACUUCUUUUACUUGACAUAUUA